CUUCCGCGCGGCGCCCCGCCCCUUCCGCGGGCGCCGGGAAGAAGGGGCGGGGCCGGGCGCGGCGUCGGCGCCAUCAGGCCCAGCGGUGCGGCGCGUUCGGUGCAUGGUGUCCGCGGCCCCGCGCUCCCGCCUGCUGCCGGCCAUGGAGGGCGUGCGCUGGGCCUUCUCGUGCGGCACCUGGUUGCCCAGCCGCGCCGACUGGCUGCUGGCUGUGCGCUCCAUCCAGCCCGAGGAGAAGGAGCGCAUCGGGCAGUUCGUCUUCGCCCGCGACGCCAAGGCUGCCAUGGCUGGUCGUCUGAUGAUAAGGAAAUUAGUUGCAGAGAAAUUAAAUAUUCCUUGGAACAAUAUUCGUUUGCAAAGAACUGCCAAGGGGAAACCAGUUCUUGCAAAAGACUCCUUGCAUUCUUACCCCAAUUUCAACUUUAACAUCUCUCACCAAGGGGACUAUGCAGUGCUCGCCGCGGAACCUGAGCUCCAAGUUGGCAUUGAUAUCAUGAAGACCAGUUUCCCAGGUCGUGGUUCAAUUUCAGAAUUCUUUCAUAUUAUGAAGAGAAAGUUUACCAACAAAGAAUGGGAGACCAUCAGAAGCUUUAAGGAUGAAUGGACUCAGCUGGAUAUGUUUUAUAGGAAUUGGGCGCUGAAAGAAAGCUUCAUAAAGGCCGUUGGUGUUGGACUGGGGUUCGAAUUGCAGCGGCUCGAGUUUGAUAUAUCCCCCUUAAGCCUGGAUAUCGGCCAGGUUUAUAAAGAAACGCGUCUGUUCCUCGAUGGGGAAGAAGAAAAGGAAUGGAUCUUUGAGGAAAGCAAAAUAGAUGACCACCAUUUUGUGGCAGUUGCCCUUAGGAAGCCUGAUGGAUCUAAACAGGAUGCUCCAUCUCACUCUAAGUCAGGCCAGAGAGAGUUUACUGUUCUCACUUUCAGUGACCUGAUCUCCUCUGCCGUCCCCAUGACCCCUGAAGAUCCAUCCUUCUGGGACUGUUUUUGCUUCACAGAGGAAAUUCCAAUACGAAAUGUUUAAAAACAACUUUUCCUACUGAAAGAGCAGACUCCCAGAUGAAGAUCGUGCACUAGCGUCCGCACUUACCUCUCUCCCCAAAUCAUGCUGGACUCAUGGAAGAAAUGGAAAACGUGACAAUAUCACAGUGAUACAAGCUCAAAGGAGAGGAACAGAAACUACAGACAUGCAAAAAGAAAAUUCUUAAGUUCGUAUCUCUCAGAGGUAACUAUUCCUAAAACUCUAGUAUCUUUCGAGACUUUUCUUGGUAAAUCUGUAUUAAUAUUCUUGUUUUUUUUUUUUUCAAAUGGGAACAUAAUGUGAUUUUGUUGCAAUUCUUUUUUCUUAAUGUCUUACUGUUGUUUAUAAAUAUACCUCUGUGUUCUAAUUCUUAGUGGCUUUAACAUGUUCUGUUGUCUGACUAACAAUACUAGUUAGGAUGCUUUUGACCAGAGAUAACAAAAAAUAUUACUUAAUUGACUGUAGUAACCAGAAAUGUUUAUUAAUUAGGUCAUGUAACACACAGUCAAGAAUUAUCAUUAGACAUUUAAAACAAUUUUUUUUUCUGCCUCAGCCUUUUGUUUAUUUUGCCUUAUUUGUCUUCUUCAUGGUCCUAAGAACUGAUACUAAGUUUACAAAGUAAGUCACUUAACUAAAGGCCACAAAGGCCUUUUCUCCCCUUGUAGCUGAGUCGCACAUCAGUGAGGAGUUUUCUCAGGAGCUCUGGAAGGGAUCCCUUCCAUAUUCAUGGGCUCGGUCCUCUCACUGAACUCCUGUCACCAGACUCAGCGGCCGACCUACAAGGCGCUUGUGCCAGCGACCUUGGCCUCAAGCUUGCCUGCCCUGUGCUGAGCGGACGUGGGUGUCCAACAGUGCCAGUCCACUGGGGAGGCCUUUGCUACUCUGAGGCCAGUGCUGGGCAGCUGCCAGUGGGAAGAGUACUGAGUGGUCAGCUCACCAGACUCGGCAGCUUACUCUGCCUCUACCAGGUUUACCCCAGAGUUAGACACUUGAGGUUGAAUCCGGGGUUUCCUCUAAUCCACCUCUCAGGAGGAGAACCCUCGGCCGGGCCACUGGUGAGUAUGAAUCCUUGGAGAUGGGUCGGAUGGUUUCCUUUUUGCUCAUGGAGAACGAGUUGGAGGCCCAGUCUCAGUGUUUGUCCAGAAUCUGAUUAAGGUGAUCUGGUGGACUGGGAGCUCUGGGCAUGUGUCGGCACCCUAGGGUACAGAAGCCCAGUGUCCGUCUGUGGGUGUGGAAGUGGACUCGUGAGGAAGCUGCUGGGAGAGGGGAGGAGGGUCGCAUGUGCCCGCCCUGAGCCCUUCCUUGCCUUAGCCAUUGUGUUGGUGCGCAGUUCUUACUGCAGACAGUGGGAAAGAGACUGACCAUGCCUUGAGGUAGGUGCACAUUUAAUCAUGUCCUGAAAAAAAUGUUUUGAGAAGGGGAAAGCUUGGCACAAAGGCCUCAAAAACAUCUUUAGAAUUUUGACAAAUACUGAGAAAUUACUCUCCAAAAUGCCUGUCGAGUUUACACUUUCAGUUAAUGUUUUGUGUGAGUACCCAUCCAUCAUGUCUUUAGUCCCUGGUCAACUGCAGUCUUUUUUCUUCUUAAUUUAAUCUUUGUCUGUAGAAGUGAAACAUUUUUUAACUUGUAUUUCAUGACAAAUGAGGUUGAUCUAUCAGUGUUGUUAUUGUUUGUAUUCCUUUUUUUUUUUAAUGGGCUGCCUGUUGUCUUUUUCUGUUUAUUUUAGUAAAUACGACUUAAUUUAAUGUGGGGAUAUAAUAUAUACGAUGCCAAGACCAUCAUAUUGAUGACAUAAUUUUAUAUGGUCUAGUGCAUGUCUGGGGGAUUUGCAUCUUGUUAAUUACCAAGAAGUAAAGUAAUUCAUUGUUUCUAUUACUAAAAUUAAAAGUUGUGUGUAAAUUGUAUAAAAUUACUUUGCUUAGUAAAAUAUUUGGAAUGUUUUCUAAUUUUUCAUUUUAUUAAGCAUGCCCAAGUAUUUCAAGUAGAGUAAAUAUGUGUAAAGUGUUAUUCCUAGCAUGAGUGUAAUGAUAAAAUCUUGUCAUCUGUAUUCUCACUAGAAUAAUAAAAUGACUAACUGGAAAUAACUGA